GGCAGAUUCGUGUUCCAUGAAAGAGCUAAUCGUGGUACUACGAACACUUCUUCACGAUUAAUUUAUGAUAAGUGUAGUAAGCGGCCUGGUGUGGAUUACGACGCGCGCCGAUGGGAUGGGACGGGGCGAGGGAGGGAUGUUAGUAGCACCGUUAGCAGAUUCAGCAAUUAAUAUGGCGAGACAGGCAUAUUCCAUCGUUGAUUAAUAUGCUGACCGCGUAGACGAGCACCGAGGCGGGAUUUAAAAUUCAUAUCGGUCGCAUAAUCGAUAGUUUGUCACGCGCGCUCUCUUUCUGAUUUCCAUUCUAUACUUAUGUGAGCCGCAUAUUAAAUAAACAGCAUCGUGGUACGAUCAUCGCAAGCUCGAACGGGGAACUUGUCCUGGUACUUCACACGCAAAUUAUCGCAGCAGUUAUAAAGGAGAAUGACUGGCUGGAUUAUGGUUCGCGCGCGCUUAUGGCAUUCACUUAAUCAGGAUGAGCUCUGAGAACUCGCUGACAAUGCUGCUGGUGCGACAGAACCUGGAGAACUGGUCUGCGAAAUGAAUACCUCUGAGAGGAACAAUGGAAGCGUCCACGCGAGCAUGACGGCCUCAUUCGGUGUCGUGGACGGCACGCUUAGACGGCCAGAAAUGAGACUCUCGAGUAAGACUGAGAAACUUCUCGUCCGUAAUUCUAUUUCCUCCCUUUUGUUCUACUCGCGCAAUGCUACCCGACGUUUUCACGCAUUCCGACAUGUUAUCUGUUUUAAAUAGCUACGAACUUUCAAGCACAUGUGUAAAGAUAUCUUUAGAUAAGAUACCUUCUACAUAUGAAAUUCGUCUCUCAUAGAAAUCGAGGAUCGUGAUGAACGAUCGUUUCGUAUUAGCUCUUCCCCACAGCUCAAGAUAAUUCUCUUCUAAUCUGUCACAAGCUAUCUGUUAUUCCAGCAAUGUAAUAUUUCUCCUUUUAUGCGCGACAUCUUUUGUAGGUCGCCGUCCUAUUCUUCUGCCUAUAUUAAAUUCCUGUUUUCCGUGAUAGCAAUUCGCUACUUUUGCGUUCGAACUCUAACAGUGUCUGACGACGAUAAAUUUGUCGCGACGUGAGCACAAACCUUUGAUAGGAUACCACAACAACCGCAAAGUAUUGAAUACACAAACAAUCGAUUACGCUGAUGCGAGGCCUUUGUUUCGUAGAUCGUCAGUGAAACGGAGAACUGUUGUCGUCAUCGUUACCGUGUUGCGGUGGAGCCAGCUGCCUGUUCUCGCCUCGAGGCGAGAAGAGGAUCAGACGGGAUCAGUCAGACAUCGGGUAGACACCGAUAAAAGGACGGUGUUAUGUUAGUGACAAGGCCUCACCCUCUAGGAGGGCGCAUACUACUCGCCCUCUUCCUUUUAACGGGGUGUUUCGCUUUGCUGUCACGGGCGGCCGCUUUCCCGGAUUGGACUGACUGUCCUGCGGUUUGCCGAUGCAAAUGGACCUCCGGCAAGAAGUCCGCUUUGUGUCCAGACGCCGGUCUAACAUCGCUGCCGGCGUCCCUCGAUCCGGACAUGCAAGUGCUCGACUUGUCCGGCAACAAGAUACCUGCUCUGAAAGAGGAGAUAUUCAAACUGGCCGGCCUGGUGAAUCUGCAACGGGUCUUCUUGCGUAAUGCCGGUAUCUACAGUAUCCAUGCGAAUUCUUUCAAAGAUAUGAGGAUACUCAUCGAAAUCGAUCUGUCAGACAAUCAUGUAAUGACCUUGGAGCCGGAUACAUUUCUCGGAAACGAGCGCUUGCGCAUUUUGAUACUUAGCGGAAAUCCACUCGGUACUUUGCGUAAUCUACAGUUCCCUGUACUACAGCAUCUGCGAAAUUUAGAGCUACAACGGUGCUCUUUAACUGAAGUACAUGGACAAGCCUUUGCCCGACUAACCGGCUUAGAAUUCUUGAAGUUGGAUACUAAUCAACUAGAAUAUUUGGAAUCCUCGGUAAUAUCCGGAUUAGCUCGCUUGAAAACCUUAACGCUAGAUGGCAAUCGAUGGAGGUGCGACUGCAGACUACGAGAUUUCCGCACCUGGCUUAUUCCCGAUGUACCCAGCAAGUUGUACUCCGUGCCACAAAUUUGUUCAGGUCCACCGAGAUUGGAAGGUCGUAGGUGGGAGGAUGUAAAACCUACAGAAUUUGCUUGUGAACCAAAAGUAUUCGUCCUGGCAAGCAGCAUACAAGAGGAGACUAAUGGUAACCUCAGCUUGGCGUGUCGAACGAGCGGCGAUCCCGAGCCAGAAGUUUGGUGGCAAUUAAACGGUGGACCAGUCAAUGCUACCAAAUCGACUGAUCAACCCUAUAUGGGGACUCUCGUCAUUUACGCAACGUCCGAAGCUGGCAUACUUUCCAACGACAAGUCUGCGUCCAGAACCGUUGGAGAUCGAUGGAGUAACCUGACCGUUUACAAUGCCAGUGACAGCGAUGCCGGCGAAUAUGCAUGUUUUGCAAAGAAUAUCGCUGGUCUCGCGCGAGACACAGUCAGUGUGGCAAUACCUCGUGUUUAUACGGCUCCGACUCUCUCCCAGAGCGACAACUGGCUGCUCUGGGUAAGUUUGGCUGGAGGCGGCGCGGCUGCCGCGUGUGCUUCCAUCUCGGCUGUGUUGCUGAUUCUUUGUUUGUGCGGUGGAAAUCGACGACACAGUAAACGAGAGAAGGUGAAGCUGCAAAGCAGCAGCAGUUUCGGCGACCAGGAGAAGAAGCUGCUAGACCUGUCCGUGACUACCACCACGACGCCCGGCAAUAGUAAUGAUCGCGGCAGCGGUCACGGCAGCAUCGGUGAGGCGUGUAGCACCGGUGACCUCGAAUUGGCGGAGCGCAGCUCUAUUUGUGAUCCUAUGGCUGCGGCCGCGGUCACUGUCGAACGACUGCGACCCGCGGACAAUUCGGUGAACACCAUUCGCGCGGUUCCAUGCGCCGCCACGGCCACCGCCGGUGUAUUUCCGCCCCCGCCGCCGGAAUUUACCACCGGUGUGCUGCCGGCUGGGAUCUUCGGCAAUAUCUUCAUUUCCGUGUCAUUGCCGCAGGACGCGUCGUCGGAACGCUGCUAUCCGGAUCUUCUCGACAUCCCCGUCCACGCGGUUAGCAGCGCUACAACCACCGUUUCGACUGGCGGCAAGACUGCGGCUUUGUCAUCAGCAACGGCAAUCAACGUAUCUAGCUUCGCCACGCUGCCGCGUCGGGCCUUGCGCUCCACCGAGAUUGCCGCCGGCUCGCCUUAUGACAAUAUGGGACCGCGCAUUACGGCAAACGGUAGUUCCGCGUUCUCAUUAACGGACAUGACGGACAUGGACCUGCGGCUAUCGCCGCCACCACCGCCGCGGAUCAUUCAACCACCGCAUGAGUUCGUUUCCCUCUAA